GAGAGCCUGCCCAGCCCCGCCGCAGGCCGAGCGGGUGGCCGCGCACUCGGGCUCCGGCAGCAUGGACGUGACCGUGGAUCUGUACCUGGCCGUCCCGCUGCUCUUCACCGUCCUGGCCAUCGUCCUCGCCUCGGUCUUUGUGAAGCUGCGGGGAGGCGAGGGGCAGCGGGCGGCGGAGCGGCAGCCAGAGCCGGGCAAAGCGGAGCCGGGCAAAGCGGAGCCGGGUAGAGAGGAGCCGAGCUCGGCCGCCGGGGGCGAAGCGGAGCCGCAGGGAGCGGCCGAGGGGCCGGGGGUAGAAGGGAGCCGGGUGCCGGUGGAGGAGGUCGGGGCGGGCGGCGAGGAGAAGAAGAAGGAGGAGGAGAAGGAAGAGAAGGAGAAGGAGGCGGCGGUGGCCGAGCAGAAAUCCGCGGCCGAGCAGAAAUCCGCGGCCGAGCAGAAAUCCGCGGCCGAGCAGAAAUCCGCGGCCGAGCGGAGCCCCGAGAGCAUCCCCCGCCCGCCGGCCGCCGCCGAACACCGGGAGCAGCAGCAGCAGGAGGAAGAGGAGGAGGAAGAGAGCAAGGAGGAAGAUCCAGACUCAGACAGUGAGAAGCUGAUGGUGAAAGAGACGGAGGAUGAUGAUGCUGCAGAUGAGACGUUCUCUUUUAAGUACAGUCCUGGAAAGCUGAGGGGAAACCAGUACAAGUCAAUGAUGACCAAAGAAGAACUUGAGGAAGAACAAAGAACUGAAGACUAUAUGAAGUUGUCCCUAGCCUCCUCCUAAAGAAAUCCCUUGGCAUCUUUAAAGGCUUGAGAGAAAUACCAAAACCAACCAAACACACCCAUAAGAGAAUCCAUAAGCCCUCAAAACUUGGCAUCCCUCUUGCUCUGAAGUUGAGUUCUUCAAAAACUCCUGUGGUAUCAAGUUUAAGGAGAUCCUUGUGUGUCUCCAUGGACUGGGGCUGGGCCCAAUGAGUGACUUGAGUUGUGUUUGGGGGGGCUGGGAUAUCCUACGUUAACCUUUCUCCCUCUCCUUCAAACAGAACCCAAACUGGAUACCAAAUUUGCAGCGAGCCUAUUAGUUUUGUUCACCACCAUGUAUUAGCCCUGCCAUGAAGUCAGUGUUGUUUCUUUAGAGGGGUGGGUGAACUGUAGCUCUUCUCCCAGACUGGCCUGGAUCUUGUACCAGACUACCAAGUUGUUUCUUCUUAGAGCCAAAUCCUUCUGUGCUGCUGGGGAGUGGGAACUGACUGAUUUCAAACACUGUGUGACAUUACUUUAUUCCAAAGGGUGGAGGUACAAAGUGGGAUCAAAGUAAGGGAGAGAAGAUGUUAGCUGACUUAAAUCUCACUUCUGUAGUUAUUUUAGCAAAGAGCUGAUCUUGCAGGUAGAUGGAAGGCUGGAGGAGUGAGGAAGGUUGAUAGCUUAGCUGUUCAGUUUGUGGUGAAGGCUUUGGAGACCACACUUUGACUGUUGUUAUCUGGAUUCACGCUUCCCCGCUCUGUGCCCAAGAGAUGAGACCCAAGGAGGUAGCUAUGGCACUGUGGGCUCCCACAGCUCAGCAUGAGAUGAGGGGGGUCCUGGGAGAGACGCCCUCCCCAUUUCUCUGCCCGCUUGCUAUCCCAUUGCCCUCUUUUUCUUGCUAGCCCAGUGGCUUGUCCACAGGAGCCACAUCUCAGCACCUCUCCUCAGCUCGUCAGGGGAUGAAUUUGGCUAGGUGCACAUGCCUGCUCCAGGCACAGCAGGCUGCGAAUGAAAGCCAGCUGGUCUGUUGGAGUGAGAAGAGGGCCCAAGUCCUCUAGUGAUGUUGCAGAAGCACCAGGCUGGCUGGGAUCGCGUCCUUCAAUUCUUCUCUCACUGCAGGACAACAGCCUCUUGGCUAAAGCUGCAAACAUAUCAGAAAACCAACAGGCUGCUUUUUCUUUUUUAUUUUUUUUCUUUCCUUUUUAAUUCCUAUGCAGACGAUACUUGAAACCUUGUACACAGUUGUCCUUUCCAGCGCCUGGGGUUGGCAAAUUCUUAAUAAAAGGGCUCGUUUAAAGAACAGCAGGAGGCUUCAGCUUAGAAGAGGCUGGGCUGCCCCUUCCCAGCCAACAACUGCAAGCGUCUUCAGUGGUUUGCAUACGAAUUUAGGCACACCCUCUGCUUCAACACCCACUAGUACAGCUGCUGUCUCCCUUUGGUGCUGGCUAGCUGACUCUGUGUCCCAAGCACCCAACUAUGCAAAGAAUGCCUUAUAUACAUUGUGUUUGUUACAUGGCAAUACGUACAUCCAGCAAAGUCUAUAGCUGAGUCCAGAUUUUUGCUAGUGGCAGCGAGUCAAACUAUUUCUUCAACUCAAGUGGCUGUCUGGGUAUUUUUUACUUCUGUUUUGUUUGUUUGUUUUGUAUCUGAUGGUGGCUCUUAUAUGAAGGACUGUCAUUCUAGUGGCUUGAAUCUGUAAAAAUUGCCUUCGUUUGGUCCAAUAAACCUUUGAAUAGUUUA